CAUUAUUUUACAAUUAUUGUAAUAAUUUAUGCUCCAAAGGUCAAUUUUUCUACAAAUCAACCGAUAAAUAGGCCAAUUUCUGUACAAGACAAAUACAAUGGAAACAAAAAAAAAAACUUGCUGAGGACACCUCAACAAUUAAAUAAUUCCAUUUUGGCACUUUCUCAUUUCAUAUGAAGGAGACUAGAAACCUUGUUCUCUGUGUUCUUCGCCCUCUCAUGGACCGCGAACAACACAACCGUCGCACCUCCGUCUAUCUCAUAAUCCUCAGCUUUUCCAUAACCGCUGCUUUGAUCACAAUCUACCACUGGAUCACAACAAUCAAUCGCCGGCGGCGAGGCCGCGGGAUGUUGCCGGAGUUCAACGGUGGGGCGACGAGUGGAGCUGACGUGACGGUGUCCGCUGAAGCAUCGAUAGCUCAGCUAAUUGCACCAGCACAAACUUUUAGGAAGGCGAAGGAGGUUGGUGGCGAAGAUUGCGGCAGCGGCGGCGGAGAGGAGAUGACGUGUCCGGUGUGUCUGUCGGAGUUUAAGGACGGGGAAGCUGUUCGGUUUCUGCCGGAGUGCGGCCACUGCUUCCACGUGGAGUGUAUUGAUAUGUGGUUUCGGGUGCAUUCGACAUGCCCUGUCUGUAGAUCUACUACCUUUUCAUGAUUUCCGCAUGUUUGAGGGGAGAUAAGGUUGUUUCAAGGUUUGGAGAAAUCCAUUGAUGCUUAAUUUGGUUGAUGGGCGAUUACCAUUGGAAACUCUUAAUUUGUGUCGAUUUCUCGAGCGAAAGCGCCUUUUAAGUGGGGCACAAUCAAGUGCGGGUCAGAAGGUUUCUGUGGCGGGUGCCUCUUCUAGAUGAGUCGAGGAUUAGUCACGCCGCCAAACGCCCUUUCGGAUU